AUGGAUACCCAAUUGAUCAAUGUUCCCCUCGACUUGGAGGUCGAAAUGAAGGCUAUUGUCGACGACCUCCACACGCAGCUAGCCGAAGGAACCAGGGAAUCUUCGUUGUGGAAGACUUAUCCCAUGUCACCAAAUCUCUGGCUCGUCGUCAACCAGUAUCUCACCACACUGAACGGGCCACUUCGGUAUAAUUACUUCUCUCACAACCACACAUUCGUUCUCCAGAUUUCUUCACGCUAUCAUGACGUGCUGAGACGUUCCUUUCUUCGGGUCAUUGUGAAGAAGCUGUACAGACUGUGCAGGGCGUACGGAGUCAGAACGUUUGCAAGAAGGAUUCUAGCUACAUGCCCGCCUCAAUCAAAAGCCGAAACCCCUUCAGGAUGUGAUUCCCAUCAACCAGACAUUUAUUUCACCCAUGUUUCCCCACCCAGAUCUGGUGUCUGUGUCGAGAUUACCUUUGCAGGGAAGCGAGACUCCAUUCAGGACCUGGCUGAGUUCUACAUCCUGCAUAGCCGGCGCAAGGUUUCCUUAUUCAUCAGCCUUGACUAUGACCGACGCCGCAGCUGGGCCGUCACCCUCCGCACUUGGAGACGAGACUAUACCGAUCCCACUGGUCUGGGACUGAUUUAUCGUACUCAAGAGAUCCGAGACGACAGUGGCCUCAUCGUUGCUGGUGAGCCUCUGAAGAUUUGCGUGUUGGACUUUGCGGAACAAGAACAUGUUCCUCCUUUCCUCCAUCAUCGUGAAAUUGAAUUGUCGGUGCGCGAGCUUGGUUCGGUCCUCGAGCAGGCUGAUUUUGGUGAUGAUUUGGAAGACAACCACGAGGAGAGCUCAUCUGAUGAUGAUGAAGGAACUCCCGAUUCGGAGUCUGAGUGGCCGUUCGAAACUUGA